AUGGAAUCCACGUCGAAAAUCAACCAUGCUGUGAUGAAUGCACAACAGGAUGCUUUUGUGAUAUCAAGUAGUCGUGGAGUCAAGGUUUUCAAUACAGAACCUCUGGUUUUGCUCAAAAGUAUUGAUCCUGAAUGUAAGAUUUUAAAAUUGAUUGGAAAAAAUAAUACUGUGCAAAAGGCGCAGGCAAAAAAGCUUUGUGUCGCGGCGAGACCCAUGUUUUUGUGUGCUGCGCCUUCAAACAGGAGUACGGUGCUAAUAUUUUUUUUUUAUUUUUUUGAAAUGAAAAUGAAUUUACAAAAUGUUUAUUUCCAAGUUUUGAAUAAAAGCAAUGUAUUUUUGCAGACACUGGAAAUGCUCGAAUCUCCAGCAUUCUCCAUCGAUCCAACCUAAUUUGCUUCGUCGGCGCCGGAAAACACACCAAAUACCCCUCAAAUACCGCAUUUGUAUGGGACGAUAAACGACAAGAAAUAGUGCUAGAAUAUACAGUUCCAGGCGGUCCAAUUCUCAAUGUUUUGAUGUCUUCAACAAGAUUAGUCAUCGUGCAAGCAAAGAAAAUACACAUUUUCUCAUUUCCCAAUAAAAGUAAAUUGAUCCGCGCUGAAGAAAUUCGACUAAAUCCAACUGGAUUGGCUUCAAUGAGUGUUGAUGAUUUAACCGGGCAACAUCUAGCUUUUCCUGGUUUCAAAAUGGGAAGUGUGAGAUUAAUGAAUCUCAACAGUUUGACCGAAUUCGAAAGUUUAUCUCCAACUUCAAUCGAUGCGCAUGAAUCGGAAAUUUGUCAAUUGGCUAUUAAUAAUCAGGGAACACUUUUGGCAACUGGAAGUGUUAAAGGAACAAUUAUUCGAGUUUUUGAGACGAGAACUCAAAGAGCUUUGACUGAAUUGAGAAGAGGAAAUGUGCAAGCAACUUUGCAUUGCUUGUCUUUUUCAUCUUGCUCCACUUUUUUGGCGGUUUCCAGUGAUAAAGGAACUAUUCAUGUUUUUGGGAUUAGAGAUUCUGGUUAGUGAUUUUUUCAUGAAAACUAUUAGUUAAAGAAAUGCGGUUCUAGCCUAAAAUACCUUAAAAACCACAAGAAACCUCAAUUUUCAUUAAAAACGUUGAGAUUUACAACAAAAUCUAUAAUUUCAUCUAAUUUCCCUAAAAAACUCACAUUUCUCAUAGGAAUUCCAAUAAAUUCGAUGAUUUUCACGAUUUUUCCGACAAAAUUCACAGAAAUGUUCGAAUUUUAAAGAAUGGGGCGCUUUUGCCAUCACGUUUCAAACAGAAAAUUGCAUUUUUCAGCAAUUUCUGGUCUAAAAUUAUCGAUUUUUCAUGAAUUUUCACCUGAAAACCUCCCAAAUUUCCAGAAGAUUCCUCCGCCAAACGUCAAGUUCUCCGACACGUUGGCAUCAAAGGCAAUACAAAUAUCGCCAAAGUCUCCCUGGCUCCUAAAGUCUUGGCAUGCGGUUUCACAAAAGCCACCUCGAAAUCGCUGCAAAGUUUGGCUGUGAUUUGCGAAGAUGGAAGUUAUCAUCGAUUUUCGUUCAAUGCUGAUGGAAAUACACAACGAGAAGGUUAUGAUCAAUUAUUGGAAUUGGCUGAUGAACAGGAAUUUUGGACCAAGGAUAUUUGA